AUGGCCGCUCAACCAUCUAUCGAGUACCUAUCUACAGGAGCCAACAGACAGACCGCUGUUGCUGACUGGAGCCCAUGUGGUCUCCUUGCCUUUGGUGCAGACUCCAACAUUGCCCUGUGGGCGCCAUCUUCUCAAAAUGAUGAAGGCAUUAUUUCUCUUCUGAGUGGGCACAAGGAGGUCGUCAAAGCAGUCAAGUUCCUCCCCCAAGUGGACGGCGAGGACCGCAGACUCCUCGUCAGCGGCUCCGAUGACCAGACGCUCAAGGUCUGGUCCCUGGACCCCAAGACCAACCAGGGAGAAUGCGUGCAGACGAUACAUGAUCACUCGGCGCCCGUCAACUGCAUAGCGAUUCUCCAGUCGAGACGCGCCCCAAAACAGGUGCUCCUAGCCUCAGGGGCUGCCGAUGCGACCAUCAAGAUCUGGCAACUCACUGAGGGCCAGCUGCAGCUGCGUCAAACCAUCAAGACAAGCCCCAAGUACUUCCCCUUGUGCUUGGCUCUGACGGCGCUGGAUGAUGCUGAGGACGUCUUCGUCCUGGCGGCGGCGGGAACCAAGACAUUCGUUCAGAUCUUCGUGGCCGCUGCGACCGAGGAGACACUCGACUUCAAGCUGCAGGCUACCCUAUCGGGUCACGAGGGUUGGAUUCGGUCUCUGGAUUUCACAUGGGAGAACGCCGAGUCGAACAGCGAUCUGCUUCUCGCCUCAGCGAGUCAGGACAAGUAUGUCCGACUAUGGCGCCUCCACCUGGGCAAGGAGCUGCCGUCGCUCGCGGCAGAGGGCUCGGAUCCUUCCAGCGGUGCCUACUUACCAGGAAAGUCUCCUUCAAACAAGGCUCACCGUCUGCAAUCGGCCGGCAAAGACUUUUCCAUCACAUUCGAGGCCCUGCUCCUGGGCCACGAGGACUGGAUCUACAGCGCAAAAUGGUUCACCCGGAACGGCAAGCUUCAGUUGCUGUCGACGUCCGCGGACAACUCCCUCGCCAUGUGGGAGGCUGAUACCGCGUCCGGAAUCUGGGUGAGCAUGGUAAGGCUCGGCGAGAUCAGCAGAGAAAAGGGCGCGACGACGGCGACUGGCAGCAUCGGCGGCUUCUGGACAGGCCUUUGGGCCCCUGACGGCAAGUCUGUCGUCUGCCUUGGCCGGACGGGAAGCUGGCGCCGCUGGGUCUACAACGACGACCGCGACGAGUGGCAGCCGGCCAUCGCCGUCACCGGCCACACCAGGACCGUCACGGGCAUCGCGUGGUCGCGCGACGGAGACUACCUCAUGUCGACGAGCUCCGACCAGACAACCCGCCUCCACGCCUGCUGGAAGCGCGACGCGGCCCGCUCGUGGCACGAGAUGUCCCGCCCCCAGAUCCACGGCUACGACCUGAACUGCAUCGACACUCUCGGCGCGUCGCAGUUCAUCUCGGGCGCCGACGAGAAGCUCAUGCGCGUCUUCAGCGAGCCGCGCGCCGUGGCGCAGAUGCUCCAAACCCUAGGCGGGAUCAAGACGGAUGCGCCCGCUGAGUCCAUGCCGGACGGUGCCAACAUGCCCGUGCUCGGCCUCUCCAACAAGGCCAUCGACGCCGUCGACGACGACCAGCAAGUCCAGGCCGACAGCCAGUACGACCGCGAGGCCAUUGACCCGGCCACCAUCGUGCGCAAGUCCAUGCUCGACAUCGACCAUCCGCCCUUUGAGGAGUCGCUGUCGCGGCACACCCUCUGGCCCGAGACGGAAAAGCUGUACGGCCACGGCUACGAGAUUUCUUGCUUGGCCGCUAGCCACGACGGCAAGCUGAUCGCCAGUGCCUGCAAGGCGAGCUCGCUCAACCACGCCGUCAUCCGCAUCUUCGAGACGGAGCGGUGGACCGAGGUCAGGCCGCCCCUGACUGCACACUCUCUCACGGCCACGAGACUGCGCUUCUCGCCAGACGACAGGUUCCUGCUGAGUGUCGGAAGAGACAGGCAGUGGGCCGUAUUCGAGCGCGACGACCAGGAGCGCUCGCAGUACCACCUGCUCCAGGCCAACCCCAAGGGCCACACACGUAUGAUUCUGGACGCCGCGUGGGCCCCCUCCACGAGCGCCAGAGUCUUCGUGACGGCGGGACGUGACAAGAACGCCAAGGUGUGGGUUGAAAAGACCCAGGAGGGCGGCAAGACGGAAUUCGCCCUGGCGUCGAGCAUCGCUUUCGAUGGCCCCGUUACGGCUGUCGACUUCCUCGGCAGACAGGGUGCGGCAGGUGGACUCAUCCUCGCGGUGGGCACCGAGUCUGGCAAGAUCUCGCUGUGCAAGUUAGCCCCUGAGACCUUCCAGUCGGCUGGGACAGUCCAGCUGGAGUCGCACCUAUGCUUGCCCAAGCCAGUCGCCCAGCUCGCCUGGCGUCCUUCCAAUAGCGAUGGCGACGCGGACGAGCUGGCCAUCGCCGGCGAGGAUAGUUCCCUGAGAAUAUACAACUUCACCGCACUGAGAGCGUCCAACUCGACGAGCGAAUGA